AUGUAUUGUCUUGGAACGCAUUCUAUAAUGGACCCGCUGUCUAUUGCAGCCAGCGCAAUUGCUCUUGGACAGUGCGCGAGGGCAGUCCGAAUUGGUAUCGAGGUAAUUCUGUCCCUUCGUAAUGCGUCAGACGACUUUUUAUCGUUGCUGAAUGAACUUUUUCUCCCAGACGCUUUCCUGGAACGGUCGCGUCGAGCAUUAGCUCAAGGAAACGACAAUUUCGACAACUCCCAGGAUUGUGGAACUCUGAGGCUGCUGGUGGAAGAGGUCGAGAACAUUGUCAGAGACUUGGACGAUCUUGCCAAAAGUCCAAUGCAUGGCAGCAACAACACCAGUCAGCAUUAUGGCUAUGAAAUCUCCAAGAGACAGUGGUUCCGGUCAAAAGACAUCAUUACAAAGCUCCGGGAAAGACCUCGACAGUUACGCCAGGAUCUGGGCGUAUGGUUCGCUAUGAGCAGCGCUUCCUAUGGACAACACCAGGCUCAGCUGCUGAUGGAGCUGCGGGAUGUCACGCUUUCAGGCCUGACUGGAAAACCGCAAGAGAAUUUCGACAUCGAAGCCAGAACUGGAAGACUGGCCAAGAAUGAGCUGUGCGUGCAGCCUCAUCUGAAGCGUCGUCGCUUGGAGCCCCCAGAGUGCCCAAAGCCCCCAAAGCCCCCAAAAGGCCGUAAGGGCGCAAAGAGCCAUAAGGGCGCAGAGGGCCGUAGAGGCCGCAAAGGGCUGCAAAGGGCGCAAAGGGCCGCAAAGAGCGCAGAGGGCGCAAAGGGCGCAAAGGGCGCAAAGGGCGCAAAGGGCGCUAAAGGGCGCAAAAAGCGCCAAAGGGCGUAG